UGACAGAGAGCCACUGCUGGAAAUUAGGCAACGUCUUUACACUCGACUGCUCACUUCUGUGCUUGGAUCAGGUCCUGUAUCAUCAUCCCUGGUACUCCAGGAUGACUUGGAAAACAGCUCUGUACUACACCCAAUUCUGGCUUGUCCUGUCUUUAACGUCUGGCCUGCUCACUGAUGAGGAGAAGACCCAGAUUUUGGAUUUGCACAACCAGUACCGCUCCAUGGUCACUCCCCAAGCUGCUAAUAUGCAACACAUGCUUUGGGAUAACACGAUAGCUCAGGUGGCUGCGAAUUACUCUACUCAGUGUACAUGGGAGCACAACUCUAAAGUCAAUGGCACCCUUGGGGAAAGCCUCUUCAUGACACUCGGACCCCUAAUCAUCACACAACCAAUGACAAUAUGGUUUAAUGAGCGUCAGAAUUAUCACUUUAACAACAACAGCUGUACUGAAGGGAAACUGUGUGGACACUACACUCAGAUUGUGUGGGCAAACACCACCUUCGUCGGCUGUGCUGCUCACUUUUGCCCUGAUGUUCCUAACUUUAAAGUUCAAAAUGCCACAAUCCUGGUCUGCAACUAUUUCCCUCCAGGUAAUAUUUUGAGACAAUCACCAUAUCAGGAAGGACCAGCAUGCUUCUCAUGUCCAAAUGGGACAAAAGGAUGUGUGGACAAUACCUGUGAUCUCAGUACGAAUUUCACCUCAGGAGUUUCAGCUGCCUUGAUAGCAAAUUUAACUACCAUGGAAAAUUUGGCAAACACCACGAGUGCAGGAAGUUCAGCAGGAUUUACAAAACCCUCGGCAGCUACACUCAUGCUUGCUGGUCUGAUAGCUUUUUAUUUUCGAAUGAUAUGAACAUGAUCUCAUGCUGAAAUUUGCCAAGUAAUAAUAAAUCAAGGUCAAGUCAAGGAUACUGACAACUGAUUUAUACAUUUAAUUAAAGUACCUUAUGUACAUUAUGUAAUGCUAGAAAUAGCACUUCAUAAGUUCCUGGACUGCUGUUGCCUUGAUUUAUUACUGUCAGCGACUUGGACAACUAAAUACUCACCCCAAAUGUUGAAUAUUGACUUACAAUCUAAGUGUAUCUAGAGGUAUGUCUAGAAAUACAUUUACUUUAAAUACUAUAACUUAAAAUUGGUAUCAUUGGGUAUUUCACAAUGCUCUUUAAACUUUUGUUCAAAAUCUUGCACACACAUGGUCACUAUAUUUAUUCUCUGACUUCAAAUUAUAUAAUAGAUAAACACAGAUUGUAUUAUAAGUUAAACAAGGGGGAAUUAAUGUUUUACUGUAAUGCACUGACUUAUGAUGUCUUUCCUGAACUGAAAAAUUAUCCUAAAUAGAACUCAAUCAAAUAAAUCAACUGGCAAUGUCAGGCUACAGAAAGUUAAUAAUGUUCAUAUGUUUUUCUAGUACUUGAUAAUUUAUGACUAUUUUAAAAUGAUGUAAACUGUUAUCAGUAUGCACUCCCCCCUUGUCAUUUCAUCUUUUCACAUGAAAGAAAGGCUGGAUUUAUUGGGAUGUACUAUUUA